AUGGCCAAGAUUCUUUUGGAAAACUAUUGCUUCCCUGAGAACCUCAUUGGGAUGCAGGAGGCCAUCCAACAAGCCAUCAACAGUGGAGAAAUCUUGCAGAUUUCAGACAGGAAGACACUGGCAGCUGUGCUCACAGUCGGAGUACAAGGGGCACUGAACGAUCCACGGUUGACUGUGUCAUACGAGCCCAAUUUCGUCCCAAUGAUGCCACAGAUGCUGCCGUCUCUCCCCGUAGAGCAGCUGAUCUGGCUGGUGAGAAACUCUGUCAAACUGGAUAUCCUGGACAACAACGUUGGAUAUUUGCGGAUAGAUCGGAUAAUUGGGGAGGAGACAGCGGCAAAGCUUGGCUCUCUGCUGAGGGACAACAUCUGGGACAAAGUUGCUCAAACAUCCUCGCUGAUCUUUGACCUGAGGUAUAGCACAGCUGGUGAAUUGUCUGGAGUUCCGUUUAUAAUCUCCUAUUUCUCAGAACCGGAUGCUCUUAUUCAUAUUGACACUGUGUAUGACAGGCCCUCAAAUACAACCAAAGAACUAUGGACCAUGCCGUCAUUAAUAGGGGAAAAGUAUGGAAAGAAGAAAGAUGUGAUUAUUUUGACCAGUAAGCGUACUAUGGGGGCUGCUGAGGCAGUGGCAUAUACAUUAAAAAACCUAAAGAGGGCCAUCAUAGUUGGGGAAAGGUCUGCUGGUGGGUCAGUUAAAGUCCAAAAAAUUAGGAUUGCUCAGUCUGCGUUCUAUAUAACAGUUCCUGUUGCAAGAUCGGUCAGCCCAAUAACAGGUCAGAGCUGGGAGGUGAGUGGUGUUUCCCCAACAGUCAACAUCAUUGCCAAGGAAGCUGUCACAAAAGCCAAGUCCCUUCUGGCUGUAAGGAGUGCCAUUCCAGAAGUUGUGCAAAGUAUCUCUGACAAAAUCGUGCGGUUCUAUGCUUUCACUGACCGAGUUCCAGCUCUUCUUCAACAUCUGCAAUCUACAGACUUAUUCUCUGUUGUAUCUGAGGAGGACCUAGCAGUCAGACUCAACCAUGAUCUCCAGAAUGUGUCUGAAGAUCCACGACUGAUCAUCAAAUAUAUGCAAGACAAUGCUGCCAUAGUAGAGGAGGACCCUGAGCUUUACAAUGUUCCAGAUGAUAUGAAAUUAUUAAGAGAGCUGGUUGAUACCAUGUUCAUAGUGGAAAUUCUACCACACAACACUGGCUAUCUCCGCUUUGACAAGUUUGUCAAGUUCUCUGCAGGGGAUAAACUAGAAGAGCUCAUGGCUAAAAAGGUAUGGGAGCCCCUCAAAGACACUAAUAACCUGAUUAUUGAUCUGCGCUAUAACACUGGUGGAUCCUCUACGUCUCUAGUCCUGAUACUGUCCUAUCUGCAGGAUGUUUCCCAGGAGCAUCACUUUUUCACAAUUUAUGACAGUUUUCAGAACACAACAACAGAAUAUGACUCUCUGCCUCAAAUUACAGGCCCAUCCUAUGGCUCCAAACGAGGGGUUUAUGUGUUGACAAGCUACUACACAGCAAGUGUCGGCGAAGAGUUUGCUUACUUGAUACAGUCCCUACAUUGUGGCACCGUCAUCGGGGAAAUUACAUCUGGUACCCUGAUGCACUCAAAGAUGUUUCAAAUAGAGGGAACAAAUAUUGCCAUGACUGUCCCUUUCAUAAACUUUUUAGACAACAAUGGUGAAUGCUGGCUGGGAGGUGGUGUGGUUCCUGAUGCCAUUGUGCUUGCCGAGGAUGCUGUGCAGCAUGCUCACGAGAUUGCAAAUUUUCACAAAGGGCUCAGGUCCCUCAUAGAGAGAACUGGGGAACUGUUAGAAAAACAUUAUGCAAUCCAUGAAGUUGCAUUAGAUGUCAGCAAGGUACUGUUGAGCAAAUGGCUUGAGGGAUUGUACCGGCCAGUGGUUGACUUUGAAUCUCUGGCAUCUCAGUUGACGGCGGACCUGCAAGAAACUUCAGGUGAUCACCGCCUUCAUGUCUUUCACUGCGAUGUUGAGCCUGAGUCGCUUCAUGAUGUACCAAAAAUUCCUACUGCUGAAGAAGUGGGAUACAUGAUUGACGCUUUGUUUAAAAUUGAGCUUUUGCCAGGCAAUGUUGGUUAUCUGAGGUUUGACAUGAUGGCAGAUGUAGAGGUGGUAAAGGCCACCGGACCUCAGCUGAUAAAAUUAGUGUGGAGCAAGAUAGUAAACACAGAUGCCCUUGUAAUUGACAUGAGGUACAACACCGGUGGAUAUUCAACAGCAAUUCCCCUCUUGUGCACGUACUUUUUUGAUGCUGAACCUUUGCGGCAUCUUUACACUGUCUUUGACCGCACCACAACCACUAUGACAGAGGUCAUGACUUUGCCUCAGGUCAGGGGUCAAAGGUAUGGGUCCUCCAAGGGCGUUUACAUCCUCACCAGCCAUAUGACAGGGUCAGCAGCUGAAGUGUUCAUCCGUACUAUGAAAGACCUGAACAGGGCCACAAUCAUUGGGGAACCAACGACUGGAGGCUCUCUAUCAAGUGGAACCUAUCAGAUUGGGGACAGUGUCCUAUAUGCUUCCGUUCCUAACCAGGUUGUGUUGAGUGCAAUUACUGGGAAAGUGUGGAGUGUUUCAGGGGUCGAGCCUCAUGUUAUUGCCCAGGCAAAUGAUGCUCUUCCUGUGGCACAGAGAAUCAUAGCAGCAAGGCUGUUGAAGAGAGAGCAAGGAAAAUAG